AUGACCUAUAAAGCGCCGAAAGAUGGUGGAAAGAGUGAACCAACACCAAUGACUGUGUCAUAUACAACGGCUACCUUGUCAGAGAUGGAGGGGAGAUCUCCAGUUAAGGCGCCAUCUUCCUCUGAAAGGCGCCCAGGCCAACUACCCCCUUUUUCAAACUCAGGACCCUCGACCCCAUUUCAACGCCCACAGUCUUGUUCGGAGAAAAGAACAUCGCCAUCACCAGAGCCCGUGGGGAAAAGCGUCUCCCCACUCUCGCUACCCUCUGACAAGAGUCAAACGCCACCUGCAGGCCGAAAGCAGUAUGGAGGCUGUAAAUACGAGACAGGGAUGGCGAGGGCAAGACGGCGCGUCCCAUACUCACUUGGUCCCGAGCCGCUGGAGAAGGUCAAGACGGAGUUGAAGACACGAUUGACCCAUGAAGAGAAUGAAAAGCUUACUGCAGACAUGCAGACGCUCUACGAAGCGCUACAACCCACCGCUGAAAGUGAAAAACGCAGGUCGCGAUUCAUCGAAAAGCUUGACAAGAUCCUACGAGGGAGAUGGCCUACAUCUUCUAUAAAUGUCAACGUUUUUGGUUCCACUGGGAACAAUCUUGGCACUUCUGACUCCGACGUCGAUGUGUGCAUCACCACUGACUGCAAGGAAAUGGAGCGCGUUUGCUCGAUUGCGGAUCUGUUGGCAAAGCAUGGGAUGGAAAGAGUUGUAUGUGUAUCCAGCGCCAAAGUCCCCAUCGUCAAGAUCUGGGAUCCAGAACUGCAAGUGGCCUGUGAUAUCAACGUCAACAACCCUCUCGCACUGGAGAAUACUGAGUUGGUCCGAGCCUACGUCGGUAUUGACAGUCGAGUGAGGCCCCUCGCCAUGAUAAUCAAGUACUGGGCCAAGCGGAGGAUAUUGAACGACGCCGCGCUCGGAGGCACCCUAAGCUCCUAUACCUGGAUCUGUUUGGCGUUGAAUUUUCUGCAGACCAGAGACCCUCCUAUCUUACCAGCUCUGCAGCAGCAACCCAAGUUGGAACCCAAGUUCCUCGCCGGCGUGAACGUGGCCUUCGAUCGGGAUGUCCAGUCGCACAAGGACUUUGGCUCUCGAAAUAAGUCCUCACUAGGCGAACUCUUGUUCCACUUCUUCCGCUAUUAUAGUCACGAGUUUGAUCUCGAACAAAGCGUGGUCUCGGUUCGCCUAGGUCGCGUUUUGCCAAAAGUCGAGAAAUCGUGGCAUCUGCUUCAGGAUAAUCGUUUGUGUGUUGAAGAACCCUUCAACAUCUCUCGAAAUCUGGCCAAUACUGCCGACGACACGUCGAUGCGAGGUAUACAUCUAGAAUUGCGCAGGGCAUACAAGCUGAUAGGGGAGGGAAAACUGGAAGAUUGCUGCGAGCAGUUCGAGUAUCCUGCCGAAGAGAUCAAACCCUCUGAACAUUUCGUUCCCCCAUCGGCACGGCCGGUGAUUCCGCAGCUCCCGACGCAGGCUCCCACACAGGCAUCAACCACAUUGCCCCGGCCAGGGCGAAAUCCUGCCCGCGGAGGCAGACAUGCAAGCCACGUGAACCGCAAUAGCAGUGGUCGAAGAUCCUCGAACCCUUCAGGCAGGAGUUCGACCUACUUGCGGAAUCUCCCGUUCCAGAUGACGACGCAAGAACUGCAGCUACAAGCCCAACAUCAGCAACAUCUCCUCCACGACCAGCUUUUCCAGCAGUACCAAUACCUGCAAUUACAAGAGCAGGAACUGAGGAUGCAACUACACCAACAGAAUCUUCGGCAAAGAGGGUUGAUGGCAUCUGCUUAUCAUCAACACCCGGGGUAUGCACAUUAUGCCUCGCACGAAGAUGGCCUCGACUUUAGUACCAAUGGGCAGAUGAGCCGCGCCCCAAUGUCCGCACCUUUGUACCAACAACGUUUUGCUCCUUCCUCGCCUUACCUAGCAUCUUCUCACCCUAGUCAAGGCGUCGCAACGAAUCCUUCGUCUCCAAGGCUAAACUCCGCCAUUCCAGACUCGCGACGGUACUCGCGGCGAACCUCCGUAACACAGUCGUCGGGGGCUGCCUUACGGGCUCAAUCUACACCCGCCCGCGCAGUUCCAGUCUCUUCCUUGGGCCAGAUGCACUCGAGACCCGACCGCUCUGAUCUACAAGAUGCUUCCUUGGGUCGAAGGUCCUCCGCGUCCUCAACUUCCCAGGACCAUUUUCCUGGCUACCUGGAAAAUGGCCUCGGGAUAUCCGGUGCAAUCUAUGACCCAAUGAGAAGGCCGGCCGAGUAUCUUGGCUACUAUGUUGGGCAGUCUCCUUCACUGUCGGCUUAUACUCAAAGCACUACGAUUUCUCCGAUCCCUUCUCAUGUAGGGUUGGCCAUUCAACAUGGGGGGUUGUCUCCACGGCUGAUUCCAGCGUCGACUCGAACUUCUGGGACAACUCAAACGUCUUUGUUGCAGACAGUUCCAACUCAUGCCUCAGAGAAUCAGGAGGUCGAAGAAGCAGUUGGGAAGAACUCCGAGGGCGUGAACGGCGAAAUGGUGCUACCCAAUGCAAGGUCAGGGCCUCUGAUCGUUGAUGGCUCAGUCAAGUCGCCACGACGCCAACGGACAACUCAGUCGUUCAACGAGCCUGAUGAGCAUGUCAAUUUCAGCGCCUCUACCUCGGAAGAUUUGGCAUUCGACACUCCGUCGAGUUCCGAUGAACAGUCACAGGCAGACACUCUCGAUUCUCACACCCGGGAAAGGAGUCCAUCAGGCAGCCUCAACACCGCCCAUAAGCAAAUUACGCAGUCAGUAGGAGCUUCAGAAUACAUGAUUGGACACCUACCACUGAGGACAUUGGGGAGCAAACCUAAAGAGUCACACACGAAGGGUACAAUACUUGCAGAUUCGGUGGCGAUGAAUACACCGGGCGUUGCGACCAAAGGUGGAAACGCUGCUUGGCCUCUGGAUCGACAGCUCUCUUCAGUGGAGGAAGUUCGAACUCCCUCACCCAGGGUCGAAGGCUUCAAUCGCGAAUGCCUGUCUCCCAAAUUUGCCGGCUCAACCAGCCAAGAUCAAUCCCUGGGAGAGGCAGAGGGGACGGCUAACGGAGAUGCUGCAGGACCCGGCCCAAGACCAUUGGCUGCCCGACCAAACGGCUCGGUGGGAUCAUCUGAGCCGACAACGAAUUCUACUGCUGGUGUAUCCUCGGCCAAUGACUGGCAAACACAAAAAAAAAGAAGGAAGAACAAGAAGACGGUCAAGUCAGAAAACGACGCUCACCUUUUGAACAUUUCCGGCGGGGAGUCACUGCCGGCCGAUGAGUCCCUACGAAAAGGUGGCUAG